AUGCUUGAGCGACGAAACGCUUGGGGGCUGAUACAAUGGGAGUUUGCUAGUCAACUCGAAGAUACAUCACAGAACCAGGCAGUGGCGUUUGGCAGUAGCGUCAAAUUAAUUGCCUAUAGAAUAUGGUCCGUAUUUGGCGUUGGAAUCACUUGGGCACUCAUCUAUCUUCCUCUGGCGAGCCAUGAUGGUUAUGCUUUGACUCACUUGUUACAUCCGAUGAAUGUUAUUCGCUGGUACUUUGCUACUGUCCUUGGAGGGUUUGGCAUGAUAUGCUACUGGAGCUUUUGGACCUUUCAGUAUCGUGGCGUUGUAUGGCAACGCGAAUUACGGAAGGGCAUUGCUGUAUGGUAUAGUGAUGGCGUUGCACGGGCAGCAGAUAUCAUAUAA